UCUUGUGAAACCCAGUUGCAAUCACAAUGGUUCUUUCGACCUGAUGCUUUCCAUCUCCAUCGAACUCCUCUUUGGGUGUUACCCCUUACCAUGUCGGCUGUCACACUCGCAGGCGGGGAUCGCAUCAAGUUGCUCCGCCUAGUACAGGAUGGAUAGUUUUCUUCUGUUUCGUCGUUGUGGCCGUCCUGAUCGUCAUAGCAGUAAGUAUAUGCAGAAGGGGUCGGAUGCAUCGAAAUUACCCGUUGGGAAUCUCCCCACCUGGGCACACAUAUUGGUCUCGCUCUGCUUUGUAUGAUGGGGAUCAGACUACUGGGUCGAGGACGAUGCGUGGGAUGAGUGGCGUAACUACUGCAGGUGGUACCGCAGGUGAAGCGAACGGGGAAGCACACCCAUAUUACAUCACUGCGCAGCUCUUUCCCGGAGCACAUCGAUCAUCUGCUUACGAAGACCCGUCCCCUCUCUUCAUGGAUCAACAACAUCACCCCGGCAGUUACCGUCUACCGUUCCCUAUUCCUCCACAUAGCGCUCGCACUCGUCAACCUCGCAUAUCAUCCAACUUUCCAGUGGAGUUUCUUUUCUCUGGUCGGUACACCCUUCCGCUGCUAGAGGUAGGGAGAGCACCAUCACCGGUCCCUUCAUACGAGGAACCGAAAUUCUAUACUGGCGCUUCAAUAAAUGCUGCUCAUCCCCCCGCCACGGCGUCCGACGAACUGGAGAGCCAGCCACUUACGUCAUCAUCAUCAGAGGAAGGAGGAAUAGACGAAUGUCCUAUAUGUUUCGAAGGCUUCUCACCUGACCGCCCAGCGGUCGUGGGCGCACCAUGUGGCCAUACCCUCUGUAAACGAUGCUGGGAUUUGAUCGUGGAGGACUCUAAACAAGCCAUGAGGCAUAGCUUCAGAGGUGUUACUGCGGGUGAGAUUGGGGAGGAGGCAGGAGCGAGAUGUCAUGCGUGCAGGAUGCCCUAUGUUAGGAAGAAGAGGGACGAGAUGCAAACUUCGAGUGAAAUUUAUAAGGGUGGAAAGGGAUACGCUAGCGGAGGAGAGACAGAGGAAGAAGGGGAGAGAAAAGAGGAAUCCUGAUCAAGUGUUCGACCUCUGCACGCACGACCUCCGAAUCCAUCUUCACGCCUCAAAACAUUA